UGAGCAAAAGUUAACUAAGCACAAAGCAUUAUCAUUACUACUAUAAGCUUAUAGUUGAAAUCUUUGAGCAUAGAAAAAAGAUGCCGAUUUCUAGAAUUGCCAUUGGAAAUCCUUCAGAGUUUGGCCAAGCGGAUGCGCUUAAGGCUGCUCUUGCUGAGUUCAUCUCAAUGCUAAUAUUUGUCUUUGCAGGAGAAGGCUCUGGCAUGGCAUAUAACAAACUCACAGACAAUGGUUCGGCAACACCAGCUGGGGUGGUGGCAGCAUCCCUGUCUCAUGCAUUUGCUCUUUUUGUUGCGGUCUCUGUUGGUGCUAACAUCUCAGGUGGGCAUGUUAACCCUGCUGUCACAUUUGGUGCCUUUAUUGGUGGCCACAUAUCCCUCCUCAGAGGCAUUCUGUACUGGAUUGCUCAGUUGCUUGGUUCUGUAGUUGCUUGCUUGCUCCUUAAAUUUGCCACUGGUGGAUUGGAAACAUCUGCGUUCUCAUUGUCUCCUGGGGUGGGAGCCGCAAAUGCACUUGUUUUUGAGAUUGUGAUGACUUUUGGUUUGGUUUACACAGUGUAUGCUACUGCAGUGGACCCAAAGAAGGGUAACCUUGGGAUAAUAGCUCCAAUUGCAAUUGGUUUCAUUGUUGGUGCUAACAUCUUGGCAGGUGGUGCCUUUGAUGGUGCAUCCAUGAACCCAGCAGUUUCUUUUGGACCUGCUGUUGUUAGCGGGACAUGGGCUAAUCACUGGGUCUACUGGGUUGGCCCAUUAAUUGGUUCCGCUAUUGCUGCCAUUAUAUAUGAGACUUUUUUCAUCACCCCUAACUCUUAUGAACAUCUUCCUGUAACAGAUUAUUAGGACCUAAAUUCCCUAUUAGAGUUUAAAGUUGGGGGUCGGGGAUGAUGGUUCUUUGCUUCCCAUGAAGUGCUUUGUUGUUUGCAUUCCCUUGUUUUGAUUUCUGUUACAUUUCGUCUUGUUCUACAAGAUCAUUUACCAAGUAAUUGCCACAUUUAAACUUCGAAGUUUUAACCAAACUUUA